CCGGUUCCACAUCAGCUGGAGCAACCGGGAGGCAGCGUUUGGACCUUCCGUGGAAGACGUUCUGUGAGCAGGGAGGGUUGGAUGGUCUCUGGGUGCCGGAUCAUCCGGGGAGAGAACUCAUGAAUGGAAAGCGGAACAACAGGAGCCGCUAGCGCCCAAGCCCUUUUUUCAUUGCCACAGCGACCCGGCUAUGGCACCAUCGGGAAGCCCAUCAAGCUUCUCGCCAACUGUUUCCAAGUUGAUAUCCCCAAGAUCGAUGUGUACCUCUAUGAGGUCGACAUCAAACCUGACAAAUGUCCUCGCCGGGUCAACAGGGAGGUGGUGGACUCCAUGGUUAAGCAUUUCAAGGUGACCAUCUUUGGUGACCAUCUUCCAGUUUACGAUGGGAAGAGAAGCCUUUACACCGCUAACCCACUUCCUGUUGCCACUGGUGGGGUUGAUCUGGACGUCACCCUCCCAGGCGAAGGUGGCAAGGACCGCCCGUUUAAGGUCACCGUCAAGUUUGUGUCAUUGGUCAGCUGGCAUCUGCUGCACGAAGUCCUCAUGGGACGCGCCGUAGCUGAACCGCUGGACCUCGAGAAACCCGUCAGCACCAACCCGGUUCAUGCUGUUGAUGUCGUUCUUCGUCACCUGCCCUCCAUGAAGUACACUCCUGUCGGACGAUCCUUCUUCUCCUCCCCGGAAGGUUACGACCACCCGCUCGGUGGAGGAAGAGAGGUUUGGUUCGGCUUUCAUCAGUCCGUACGGCCGGCCAUGUGGAAGAUGAUGCUGAAUAUUGAUGUGUCAGCCACAGCUUUUUAUAAAGCUCAGCCAGUCAUCCAAUUCAUGUGCGAGGUCCUGGACAUUCACAACAUUGAUGAGCAGCCUCGUCCACUCGCUGAUUCCCACAGGGUCAAAUUCACCAAAGAAAUCAAAGGUCUGAAAGUAGAAGUGACGCAUUGCGGAACCAUGCGUCGAAAGUAUCGAGUUUGCAAUGUAACACGGCGCCCUGCAAGCCUCCAGACUUUUCCUUUGCAACUGGAGAACGGCCAGACAGUGGAACGCACAGUGGCACAAUACUUCCGGGAGAAAUACAACCUGCAUCUCAAGUAUCCCCACCUGCCUUGUCUGCAGGUGGGACAAGAACAGAAACACACCUACCUGCCCCUUGAGGUGUGCAAUGUAGUUGCAGGUCAGCGCUGCAUUAAGAAGCUGACAGAUAACCAAACAUCUACCAUGAUAAAAGCAACAGCCCGAUCUGCCCCGGAUAGACAAGAGGAGAUUAGCCGACUGGUGCGCAGCGCAAAUUACGACGCUGACCCAUUUGUCCAAGAAUUCCAGUUCCACAUCCGCGACGAGAUGGCUCAAGUGACCGGCCGCGUCCUGCCGGCCCCCAUGCUGCAAUAUGGCGGCAGGGUGAGCUCCGAACCCUAUAUGAACCGCACAGUGGCCACACCCAGCGGUGGGGUCUGGGACAUGAGGGGGAAGCAGUUCCACACCGGAGUGGAGAUCAAAAUAUGGGCCAUCGCUUGUUUUGCCACUCAGAGGCAAUGUCGUGAAGAGGUUCUAAAGAGCUUCACUGAUCAACUGCGGAAAAUCUCAAAAGAUGCCGGCAUGCCAAUUCAGGGUCAGCCCUGUUUCUGUAAAUAUGCCCAAGGCGCUGACAGCGUGGAGCCCAUGUUCAGACACUUGAAGAACACCUAUCUGGGGCUGCAACUAAUUAUCGUAAUCCUUCCUGGGAAAACACCCGUCUACGCUGAGGUGAAGCGGGUUGGAGACACCCUCCUCGGCAUGGCUACUCAGUGUGUCCAAGUGAAGAACGUAGUCAAGACCUCACCGCAGACAUUGUCCAACCUCUGCCUCAAGAUCAACGUCAAACUCGGAGGCAUCAACAACAUCCUGGUUCCUCACCAACGCCCCUCCGUCUUCCAGCAGCCAAUCAUAUUCCUCGGCGCCGAUGUCACUCAUCCUCCAGCGGGAGAUGGGAAGAAGCCAUCAAUCGCAGCGGUUGUCGGCAGCAUGGACGCUCACCCCAGCAGGUACUGCGCUACCGUGCGAGUCCAGAGACCCAGACAGGAGGUCAUUCAAGACUUGGCCUCCAUGGUGCGAGAGCUCCUGAUCCAGUUCUACAAAUCCACCCGCUACAAGCCAACAAGAAUUAUCUUUUACAGGGACGGCGUGUCCGAGGGCCAGUUCAGACAGGUGCUAUAUUAUGAGCUGCUAGCGAUCAGAGAGGCCUGCAUUAGUCUGGAGAAGGAAUACCAGCCAGGAAUUACCUACAUCGUUGUGCAAAAACGCCAUCACACACGCCUCUUCUGUGCCGAUCGUAACGAGCGGGUCGGAAGAAGCGGGAACAUUCCUGCGGGCACGACAGUGGACACCGACAUCACCCACCCUCACGAGUUUGACUUUUACCUCUGCAGUCACGCCGGAAUCCAGGGCACGAGCAGGCCGUCCCACUACCACGUCCUGUGGGACGACAACUGUUUCACUGCCGACGAGUUCCAGCUCCUCACCUACCAGCUGUGCCACACUUACGUCCGCUGCACACGCUCCGUCUCCAUCCCGGCGCCCGCCUACUACGCCCACCUGGUGGCCUUCCGCGCACGCUACCAUCUGGUGGACAAAGAACACGACAGCGCGGAGGGCAGCCACAUCUCAGGGCAAAGUAACGGCAGGGAUCCUCUGGCGCUGGCCAAGGCCGUUCAGAUCCACCACGACACGCUGAGGACCAUGUACUUUGCCUGAAGAGGAGCCUGAAAGCGAAAGCCAGCCGAGAGUUUGCGUGCCACCUCCGUCUCCUCCGCUGUGUUUCAGAGAUGAGAUUUUUUUUUUUUUUUUUUUUUAACGCUCGUUACGGCUCCAAUUUCACAGGAGCUCGGUAUGCAUUUGUAGACGAUAGGGAAACCCAAAGCGCCCGAUUAUGUUCAUUUAAAAACCCUUUUUGGACUAUUUUGUCACGUUGACGCUUUUACAUGAUAUUUCUGGCGUGUUUUAAACGGCAAGCUGCCUUAAUGGGGACACGAGUCAGCCAGUCAAGUUGAUGACAGUUAGUGAAAGAUGACACAGCCAUCCCAUGAUGCCUUACUGUGAAGUGCAUAAGCUUAGACUGUUGUUUAUCUUGUAGGUCAACUGGUGUGUGAUAAAAAAAAGAAGUUCAUGCAUUUUACGUUCGGGGGGGGGUUCAACUCGUAGCUGAAUGGCCCUCAUUUUUUUUUGUGUGAGCCGUGUGUUUUAUUUAAACAAAGAAAAUCCAGAUUUACAGAAUUAGGGCAAAGAUGUCUGUCGGGCUUCCCUCAGGGUGUCCUUCAGUGCAAUAAGGUUCGGUGAUAAAGUGAUUUGUGUUUUUUGUUUGUCUUCAGGAAGUUUGUUUGGGAUCAUGUAGCAGGAUGCAAAACAUAUAUGGCGUGUGAAGGGAUGCUACUGAAGUGCCUGAUGGGAUUGGAGAGUGCAAUGUUUGCGUGGAAAUAAG